UUAAGUAGCCCCAAUUGACGUAUAUAUAAACAGAUGGCAUAUGUUUCUCUUGUUAUUUGGGUAUUAUAUAUUUAAAUGCCACAGUUCAUACCACAACAUGUCAGUGCGAAAUCCAGAGAAACACACUGAGCAAGUGAACAAAAACAAUAGGAUGAUUUCUGCAGGUUUAGAACCCGCCCACAGAAAGAGACUUGCAAACGUCAUGGUUUUCUCCCGUCAUGUCAUUUUUCUACACAAAGUAAGUCGAUUACAGGAUCUCGUUUAGGAUUUCAACAAUGUCUUGUGCGCGUAAGCCGCGCAAAAGGACGAAAUCGCAGGAGUUGAUUUAUCAAGAGCAUUGCAAGAACGUGGCACACGAGAAUGGGAAACGCAUAGGUCUGGAGGGAGACCCGGAUCUGCAGUUUUUGCUGAAAGGUGGAGACCUACUAAAGGUGAAGUCCCGCUCAUGGAGGAAGACCCGCUACUUUCGGCUGAACGAAGAUUGUAAGACUGUGUGGCAAGAGACCAGCAAGAAAUUCAAGAGCGACACCAGCUUCAGCCUCGAGGACAUUGAAUAUGUGCGGCAUGGCCGUCAGACUGAAGCGCUGCAGAAGUACACUGACCCCUCAAUUGAGGACCGCUGCUUCUCCAUCAUCUUCAAGGGUCGACGGAACAACCUGAACUUGAUUGCCUCAUCCAAAGAGGAGGCCAAGCGUUGGGUCAGCGGUCUGGAGAAAGUCAUCAACAGCAUGUACAACCUGAACCGCCAACAGAACAGCGAACACUGGAUCUAUAACUGCAUGCGCAAGGCAGACAAGAACGCAGACAACAAAAUGUCCUUGAAGGAGUUGAAGCAUUUCCUACGUCAGAUCAAUAUUGAGGUGGAUGACGGUUACGCUGAGACGCUCUUCAAGAAAUGUGACACAUCAAAUUCAGGAACUCUGGAGGGAUCCGAAAUUAAACAGUUCUACAAUUUGCUGACUUACCGUCAGGAAAUUGAUGUAAUCUAUGGAAAGUACGCUCAUACUGACGGACAGAUGAGCUCCAGUGACCUGUUGAACUUCCUCCAUAAUGAGCAGAGGGAGCCAGUGUCUUUGGAUUAUGCAUAUAAGCUUAUCGAUAAAUUUGAGGUGGAUGAAAUAGCCAAACUGAACAAGCACAUGAGCAAAGAUGGUUUCCUGAUGUACCUGAACCAUGAAGAAGGCUCCAUCUUUAACCCCGCCCACAAAGCCGUGUACCAAGACAUGCAUCAACCACUCAAUCAUUACUUUAUUUCCUCUUCCCAUAACACCUAUCUGAUGGAGGACCAGCUGAAGGGGCCUAGCAGCACAGAAGCCUAUAUCAAAGCGCUGAUAAAGGGAUGCCGCUGUGUGGAGCUGGAUUGCUGGGACGGUGAAAGCGGGGAGCCGGUCGUUUACCACGGUCACACGCUCACAUCCAAAGUGCUCUUCAAAGACGUCAUCAAGGCCAUCAAAGAGUAUGCUUUCAAAACCUCACAAUACCCAGUGAUCCUGUCUUUGGAGAACCAUUGCACCACAGAGCAGCAGAAAAUAAUGGCCCAUUACUUAACCUCCAUCUUGGGCAGUGCUCUGCUCACUCAGCCACUGGGGCAUAACAUGCCCACCACUUUUCCAGGACCUGAGGAGCUGAAGGGACGUUUCCUGAUCAAGGGAAAGCGUUUGAACAAACUGGAUGCGGCAUUCAACAACAACACCUCAGAGGAUGUGGACAGCGUGUCGGAGGAAGACGAGGCUGCUGAACUGAAAGAGGCUGAACCGAAACCCAAAGACAAGACAAAAAAAAAGAUCAAGCUGGCUAAGGAGCUGUCAGAUUUGGUAAUCUACUGCAAGAGUGUCCAUUUCAGCAACUUUGAGCAUUCAAGAGAUAAUCAGGCCUUCUAUGAAAUGGCCUCCUUCAAGGAGAGCAAAGCAAUGAACCUGGCGGAAAACUCAGCUACGGCAUUUAUUCAUCACAACAUGGAUAAGCUGAGCAGAAUCUACCCAGCUGGCUCCAGAACCAAUUCGUCCAACUACAAUCCGGUGCCACUGUGGAACGCUGGCUGCCAAAUAGUGGCUCUAAACUUCCAGACUCCCUGUAAAGAGAUGGAUCUGAACCAGGCCCGCUUUUUACCUAAUGGCAAGUGUGGCUACAUACUGAAGCCAGAGUUUCAGAGGGACCCGGGCUCCCAGUUUGACCCCAUAAACCUCAGUGUAGGCCCCUGGCUGCAGAAGAAGUCCCUGCAUAUCAUGAUCAUCUCAGCCCAGCAGCUGCCUAAGAUCAAUAAGGACAAACAGACCUCCAUUGUGGACCCUCACGUCAGAGUGGAGAUCUAUGGUGUGCCAGCUGACAAUGCCAGCAAACAGACACAUCACAUUGUCAACAAUGGUUUCAAUCCAAUGUGGAAUACAAAAUUCCAGUUCACUGUUCACGUGCCUGAACUAGCUUUGGUGCGGUUUGUGGUGGAGGACUAUGAUGUUGCUACCCAAAAUGAUUUGGUUGGCCUGUACACUGUGCCCUUCAUCAGCAUGCAGAAUGGAUACCGGCAUGUGCCUCUGCUCACAAAGAGAGGAAGCCUCAUUCCUUCAGCGGGACUGUUUGUGCACAUCAUGAUUAUUGAUGCUUAAUAGACUGCAACAUUCCUCUCAGUCAUCUCAAUGUCAAAGUGUACAGAUCACUGAACAGGACAAUCAACUAAACUCUCCUAUGCGAACACUUUCUAGGAUAAGAUUUGGACUUCCUUUUCCAAUGUGCCUUGAGGUUUACAAAUUAGCCCUCCUUAAUAUAUGAGUACCAAGAUGCACCUUAAAGUGCUUUGUAGAAUUAGUAGGUGUGGUUCAAUUUAGGAAAACAGGUGGGGUAAAAAGUCUAUUUUUAGGACUAUGUUGAACAUACAGCCAAUGAACAUUAAUAUUUAAGCGCAAAUCAAAUAAUACUCAACAUUCUACACAUUCCCCAUGUCUUUUUUUGACUUGAAUAAAUAUUGUUUAAAUAUAAAUAAUAAUUUAAAUAUUAAUUAAAUUAAUAAAAGUCUAUUUUAUAUAUUUUAAAAUAUAUAUUUUUAUAUAUACUAGUAUAUAUAAAAUAUAUAUAUGACUAGUAAAAAGUAAAAAUGUUUGGUGAAGCUACAGCCUCUUUCCUACGGAGCCCCGCACAUGACAUGCAAGGAAAAAAAAAUUGUGCGCACGAUUUACUAUUUCGUUCCCUCGAUUUGCUAAAUCGUGCAAACGUUUUUUAGCAAAAUGUGCACGAUUUAGCAAAUUGAGGGAACGAAUUAGUAAAUCGUGCGCAAGAUUUAUAAAUCAAGAUAACAAAUUAGUACAUUGUGCGCACGAUUUACUAUUUUUUCCUGCAUGCCAUGUGCGGGGCUCCGUACUUUCCUGUCCAAAUUAGCAGUGUGUUUCUCACCUAUAAAACUGAUUUAAUUGGACAAUAUAUUUUACCUAGCACUGUUUUAUAUUUUAAUAUUAAAAUGUAUGUAUUUAAAAAAUAUACUACAUUGAUGCCUUUUUUAAAUUAACAGAGUAUUUAAAAAUUGUUUGUAUAUUAUUUCUUACUGAUUAUCAAUGAAUUUGUGUCCUUGGCCAAACAUUACCUUGAGGUCUUCAGGUACAUUUACACAACAAUGAUGUACUAAAAACUGAAGUUUUUCCUUUGUUUUUUUCGCGUAUAGACGUCAACGUUGUCAAACCGAUCCCCGUUCACACGGAUUCGCAAAAAACGCUGUAUUAUGUAUGCCAGGCCAGUAGUUGGCGAUAUCACUUUGUAAAGAAACCACACGCCUAUAGACUAAACACGUAAUACUCAUGCGCAUGACAAAUUCGAGUUUUUGUAGUUUACAUGGAGACAAUAACAGUAUCUCUUGUAAAUUAAUGGCCAAAACGCAUUAAAAGUUUUCAGUUUUUAGUUGAAAAUGGUGUUGUGUAAACGGACCCUUUAUUUUGGUCAAAAUUAUAUCUUACGGGCCGUUUACACCAUAGAUAUCUAUAUCUAUAUAUUAUAUACAUAUCUAUGGUUUACAGGACACCGUUUUCAACUAAAAGCGGAAAACUCAUGCAUUUUGACCGUUCAUUUACACUACAACGGCAUUUUGGGGGCCUGAAAACGCAAACUUUUGAAAAUAGGUUUCAAAGCGCAAGAUUUUUUGAAAACGAUACCAGCAUUGUCUUCGUGUAAACUACAAAAAAGCGAAUAUCUAAAAACAGUGACGUCAUGUGCAUGCGUAUUACGUGUUCAGUCUAUAGACCUUAUGCGCCAGAGAAACAAGUGCGCCGCCAUCUUUAUAAAAUUGUCUUUGAACUUCCGUUUUGCGGUAGCUCUGUACAUUUCAAUGCAUUGCUGUCAAAGAAUAAUUAGCUGGUUAAGUAGAUUUACUUGUUCUAGCCUGGCAGCAGAAUACAGCGCUUUUAAUCGUUUUCAUGGAUCAGUAUGAAUGGGGAUAGUUUUGACAACAUUGUCGUCUGUACAUGAAAAACGCAAUGGAAAACUUCCAUCUUUAGUGCAUUGUCGUCGAGUAAACGCACCCUUAGUAAAAAGGAGAUUUAAUCUUAACAAUAGCACCCCUGUGUUCAGUGUUGUAUGAACUGUUAUAAUUUUGUUUAUUACUGUGUGGUCAAUAUUUUUUACAGUGGCUUACGAUGGCUAAUUCUCAGUUUUCAUACAAUAUGUUCUUUAUGUGAACUCAGGAUACAAAUGAUGGACAAUGAACCAUAAAACCCCAUAUUACCAAUACAUGCUAUCCGUUAUUUUCUGAUAAACAUGUUUUAAGCUAAUGUUCAUAAUCAUGUUAUGAGAAUCUGAACAGCAGGUGUGUAUCUAGUUAUCUUGUCAGAGCAGUAAGAGAGUUGCACUACAAAUGUGUAUAACAUAAAAGAAUGAAAAAAAGUUAUACAUUUACAUAGCUGUGCUUUAUAUUUUUAAGGUGUUUAUUUUGUAUUCAUUGUUGUUGGUGUAAGGUAUUGUUUCUUUUUAUCUGCUCUAGAAAUAUUUCUAUUUUUUAUGUUGUUCUUAAAUGAUCAUAUUGUGCCUUAAAGGAAAGUUGUUACAUCAGCAAUAUUAAACCAUAACAACAUCUGUUUCUCAUGUCCUGUUCUGGCAUCCAGGAAAGAAAUGGCUUUACUGACUCUAAAAUGCUGUGACAAACCAUUAUAUUCAUUAAAACUGAAUUAAACAUCUCAGAAACA